AUGAAAAUUGAUGGAGCGCCCUCACCACCACGUCUCCUUACUGCUGCUUUCGUGCUUGCCUGCAUUAAGGACCUCGAGGGGAAGUGGCGCCUGACCGAGAGCCAAGGCUUUGAGGAGUACAUAAAGGAGCUAGGAGUAGGAUUGGCUCUUAGGAAAAUGGGUGCUAUGGCCAAACCAGACUGCAUCAUUACUUGUGACAGCAACAAUAAUAUCACCAUUAAAACUGAGAGCUCUUUGAAGACGACGCAGUUUUCUUGUACCCUGGAGGAGAAGUUUGAUGAAACUACAGCUGAUGGCAGAAAAACUCAGACGGUCUGCACCUUCACUGACGGCGCCCUGGUUCAGCUCCAGAACUGGGAUGGGAAGGAAAGCACAAUAACAAGAAGAGUCAAGGAUGAGAAGCUGGUGGUGGAUUGUGUCAUGAACAAUGUGACCUGUACUCGGGUCUCUGAAAAGGUGGAGUGA